AUGUGGAUUCGCGAUGCGUCGUGGUCCGGCGCCGGCCCCCGCCACCGGGCUUCAUAUUUAUACGCUAAAGCAGGCAGUGCGCAGAGUUCAAACGCGCGACGGGCGCUCGGGACGGUAGUCGAUAGAAGAUUCAAGUUAGUAGACAGACGAGGGCGAGUGCAGUGUGCAGUGCGUGCGUUCGUGAUCGCUGAAAGCUCGCAGCGAAGCCUCCGAAAGGCGUCGAGCGAGCGCCGCUCCGCGUCAGUGCCGGCCCGGCCGUGCCGUAAGCAUCACGCUCGCAACAUCACUAACAGUUUACUACUGGACAGUGACACACGACCAACAACCGUACCCAUACGCGGCCCGCCUUCACUACUGAAGCGGAAUUUCCUUUGCAUCUACAAGUGA